AUGGAAGAAGAGUACCCAGAGACGGCGAGCCGCCUAGGGAAACACAUGUACGUCGACGACCUGGUCAUCGGAGCCACUGAUGUGCAAGAGGCAAAGAAGAUCGCUAAAGAGGCAACAGAGAUUCUGGAGCGGGCGCACAUGAAGUUACACAAGUGGGCGUCAAGCGACAAUGACGUGCGUCAAUUCUUGCAAGCGGAGUCUGGUGAAAGGACAUUAGGAGACACGAAGGACAUGCAAAAGGUCUUAGGAUUAGCGUGGCUACCGGACGAAGACGUUUUAACGAUUUCAAUGAGCGACGUAUGGGACAUGCAUCAGGAACGAGGAGACACCAAGCGACGGGUCCUGCAGAUCACCGCACGAGUUUACGAUCCUUUGGGAAUGCUGGCACCUUUCACCGUAUGCGCAAGAAUAUUCUUCCAGUUGUUGUGGAAACGAAAGGUUGGUUGGGAUGACAUACUGCCCAUAGAACUUCAACCAACAUGGAAUCAGUGGUGUGCAGAGUUGUUGCACCUGCAAGACCUGAAAGUAUCAAGGUACAGCGGCCAGGACAAGGAUGCAGAUGUCGUGUUCACGGAGAUACAUAUAUUCUGUGAUGCAAGCCCCGCAGCUUAUGGAGCGGUAUCAUAUACAGUUAUGGAGGAUUCCAGUGGUACAAAGAGCCCAACAAUGCUAAUGGCGAAGUCUAGGCUCGCGCCGAUAAAAGAACUGACGGUUCCACGGCUCGAGUUGAUGGCAUGCCUGGUAGGAGCAAGACUAGCGUCCUACAUCACAGAAAAGAUUCAAGUCACUCCAGUUCGACGACACCUGUGGACAGAUUCCAAAAUCAAUCAAUCAACCAAUCAAUCAAUCAAUCAAUCAAUCAAUCAAUCAAUCAAUCAAUCAGAUUCCAAAAUCGCGCCUUGCUGGAUACGUGGAGAUCCACAACGAUGGAAACAAUUCGUCCACAAUCGAGUAAAAGAAAUUCAUGAGCGCACGAGGACAACAGAAUGGGGAUACUGUAACAGUAAAGAAAACCCAGCAGAUUUGUUAACAAGAGGAAUCUCCGCACGAAAGUUGAUCGAAAGCAAAACGUGGUGGUCAGGACCAAGCUGGUUGUCUGAGGAUGAAAGCGAAUGGCCUGGUGGCAGCUCAGAUGGUGACUUCGCAAAAGACGAACUAGAGGAGAAGGAAUCAAGACACGUAUUGCAGACAGUAACGACGGUGACAGACGAAGUCAUCGACAUGCGAAGGUUCAGUACCCUGAAGAAACUGCACAAAGUCAUGGCCUGGGUUUUCAGAUUCACCGAAAAAGCGCGCAAAAGAAGUCGGCAAAGCGGACCGUUGACAGCGCAGGAAUUAAAGGAGUACAGAGGGCCAUCCAAAAAAAUUUCAGAUUAA